CGCUUCUUCUCAAAUUUGUGCAGCUGUCCUGUUGAGCGCUGCAUUUGGAUUUCUGCCAUGGAGGAUAUGUUGUCAUUCUGGGAUGUGGCAAUAUAUUUCUCUGCAGAGGAGUGGGAUUGCCAAGGUCCUGCUCAGUGGGAUCUGUACAGGGAUGUGACAUUGGAGAAUUACAGCAACCUUGUGUUCCUGGGUCUUGCUUCUUCUAAGCCAUACCUGGUCACAUUUCUGGAACAAAUACAAGAGCCUUCAGAUGUGAAGAGACAAGCGGCCAUCACUGUGCACCCAGGGGGAAAAUGCUAUACAUGCAAAGAAUGUGGCAAAGGCUUUGAACAUAAAAAAGUAUAUCAGAAUCACUGGAGAAUUCAUUUAAGAGUGAAGUCCUACAAGUGUGAAGAAUGUGGCAAGUCCUUCCAUUUUCCAUCGUUACUUUCUGCACACAAAAGAAAGCAUACAGGAGAAAAACUCUACAGUUCUGAAGAUAGUGGCAAGGACUUCCAUUGUCCAUCAUUACUUUCUCAAAACAAGAUUGUUCAUACAGAAGAAAAACCUUACAAAUGUGAAGACUGUGGCAAGGGCUUCCAUUAUCCAUCAAGACUUUCUGACCACAAGAAAAUUCAUACAGGAGAGAAGCCACACAAGUGUGAAAUAUGUGGCAAGGCCUUUGAUUAUCCAUCAAGACUUUCCAACCAUAAGAGAAUUCAUACAGGAGAGAAACCCUACAAAUGUGAAUUAUGUGACAAAACCUUCCAUGAUCCAUCAAAACUUUCUCAACACAAAAUAAUUCAUACAGGAGAAAAGCCCUACAAAUGUGAAGUUUGUGGCAAGACCUUCCAUUACCCAUCCAUACUUUCUAAACAUAAAAUAAUUCAUACAGGAGAAAAGCCCUACAAAUGUGAAGUUUGUGGCAAGACCUUCCAUUACCCAUCCAUACUUUCUAAACAUAAAAUAAUUCAUACAAAAGAGAAUCUCUGCAAGUGUGAUAUAUGUGGCAAGGCCUUCCAUUAUCCAUUAUUACUUUCUCAACACAAAAUUGUUCAUACAGGGAAAAAACCCUACAAAUGUGAAAACUGCGAUAAGUCCUUCCAUUAUCCAUCAAAACUUUCCAGACAUAAGAAAACUCACACAGGAGAAAAACCAUACAAGUGUGAAGUAUGUGGCAAGGAUUUCUAUUAUCCAUCCAGACUUUCUAAACACAAGAUAGUUCAUACAGAAGAAAAUCCCUACAAGUGUGAAGUAUGUGGCAAGGCUUUCGACUAUCCAUCAAGACUUUCAAACCAUAAGAAAAUUCAUACAGAAGAGAAACCAUACAAGUGUGAAGUAUGUGGAAAGGCCUUCUGUUUUUUAUCAUCUCUUCAUAAACACAAGAUAAUUCACACAGGAGAGAAACCCUACAAGUGUGACAUAUGUGGCAAGGCCUUCGGUUCUCCAUCAAGACUUUCCAAAAAUAGUAAAACUCAUACAGGAGAGAAACCCUACAAGUGUGAAGUAUGUGGCAAGGCCUUCCAUUGUCCAUCAAUACUUUCUGUACACAAGAGAAUUCAUACUGGAGAAAAACCCUACAAGUGUGAAGUAUGUGGCAAGGCCUUCAAUAUCCCAUCAAAACUUUCUCAUCACAAUCGAAUUCAUACAAGAGAGAAACCAUACAAAUGUGAAGUUUGUGGUAAGGCCUUCCAUUACCCAUCAAGACUUUCCAAACAUAAGAAAAUUCAUACAGGAGGGAAUCCCUACAAUGCUGAAAUGUGUAGCAAGGGCUUCAAUUAUCCAUCAAGGCUUUCCGAACAUAAGAAACUUACUACAGAAGAGAAACCAUGCAAGUGUGAAGUAUGUGGAAAAGUCUUUCACUUUCUAUCAUUACUUACGAUACAUAAGAGAAUUCAUACUGGAGAAAAACCCUACAAGUGUGAAAUAUGUGGCAAGGACUUCCAUUAUCCAUCAUUACUUUCUUUUUUUUUUUUUGUUUUUUUGUUUUUUUUUUCUUUCCAUUUUUUAUUAGGUAUUUAGCUCAUUUACAUUUCCAAUGCUAUACCAAAAGUCCCCCAUACCCACCCACCCCCACUCCCCUACCCGCCCACUCCCCCUUUUUGGCCCUGGCGUUCCCCUGUUCUGGGGCAUAUAAA